GGAAGAGGGCCAAGUAUUUGCUUCUUAUUAAAUUUAUUUUUUUGAAACUAUAUACUUUUUUGAAUAUUCAAGAAUGUUCUAAUCGGGAACUAAAUGCGAUAGCAUCAGGGUUGAAGUAUGAAAUGAGUGAUGGAAAGUUCGAUUUGUGCACCUGAAUGCUUCACUCUAAAGAAAAACUAUUAAUCAUGUCACUGGGAAUUGAUGUACCAAAAUCAUGCCUCAGAGAAAGGUUUGUGUGUGGAUGCACCAUGAGUGACUCGAUCUAGGAAAUAUGCAGCUACAUGCCCGACAGACUACAACAAGUUUCACGAUAUUGCAGUUCUCAAUGUCUGUCUACAGGAAGCAGAAUUCAACUCCAAACUGCAAACUUCUAAAAUUGGGAUCAACUCUUGCUUAAUCAUUAUUCUAUUUUUAUUUAUUUUAAACAUACAUUUGUUGUAACUGCAAAUAUUUAAUGUUAAAGUCCCAAAGAAUAUCUCCUCAGAGUUGAAUAAAAUAAUCCCAAUC